AUGAGCGAGGCGGAUCUCGACAAAUACCGCGUCUCGCGACUCGUGCCGCUCAUGCCCGACUUCUACGUGGGCGACCCGGUGGCGCUGGAGAAGUACGUCGACGGCGCGCGAAAGAUGCAGGGGAUGGUCGGCGCAUUCACGUCCGCCUUCAAAAAAGUAGAUAGGCGAGCCGUUGUCGAUCUGUUUAGAGUGCAUAGAAAAGCAUGUAAAGCUAAAAAGCAAUCCCCCGAACCCCGUAAGAUACCGCCAGCGGCCAGCGCCGCACCGCCAGAGUCCGCCGGCGUGACACGGCGUGUCGUCUUUGAGGGACGGCGUAACUUUUAG